AUGGCCUCACGCUUCAACUCCCGCAUCUCCUCCGGCGACUUGAGGUCGGGGAGCUCGCUGACGGUGGGGGAGCGGCUCUGCGCGGUGGUCCUGCCCUUCGUCGCCAUCGCCGAGUUCGUCUUCUUCGCGCUCACCGACUGCCUGGCCGGCAUCUGCUCCCCUCCCUCGGCCUCCUCCUCCUCGCACCCGCGCAGAGAUCCCUCCGCCCCGUCCUUCUUCCUCACGGCCAAGAAGGGGAGCCACCACCACCACCACCUCCUCCGCCGCCGCGUCGCGCCGGGCUGCUCCUCCCUCAGCUUCCGCGACCUCGCCCGCCUCGCCGACGAGUCCAGAUGCUUCUCGGUGAACGAGGUGGAGGCGCUGUUCGAGCUCUACAAGAAGAUCAGCUGCUCCAUCAUCAACGACGGCCUCAUCCACAAGGAAGAACUUCAGCUAGCAUUAUUCAAGACUCCUAGUGGGCAGAAUCUUUUUCUUGAUAGGGUUUUUGAUUUGUUUGAUGAGAAGAAAAAUGGAGUAAUAGAGUUUGAGGAGUUUAUUCAUGCUCUCAGUGUCUUUCAUCCAUUGGCACCUGUGGAAGACAAGAUCAACUUUGCAUUUAGGCUCUAUGAUUUGAGACAGACUGGCUUUAUUGAGCGCGAGGAGGUGAUGCAAAUGGUUAUUGCCAUUUUGAAUGAAUCUCAUGUGGAAUUAUCGCAUGACCUUCUUGAGGCCAUCCUAGACAAGACAUUUGAGGAUGCUGAUACCGAUAGGGAUGGAAAAAUUUGCCAAGAAGAGUGGAAGGAAUUUGUAUUACGCCAUCCUAAACUAUUGAAGAACAUGACUCUACCCUAUCUAAGGGACGUCACAACAGCGUUCCCAAGUUUUGUUUUCAAUACCGCGGUUGAAGACUAA